AGUAGAGUCCCUUCCCAUGCAAAGGGCAUAGCAAAUUCAAAAAAAAAAAAAAAAAAAACUAAAAACCAAAGGCAAAGGGAGAAUUAGUUAAGCCAUAUUAACACAAUGGCAGGGAAUAAGCAGCCAGUGGCUAUAAUUGGGGCUGGAAUUAGUGGCCUAAUUGCUUGCAAAUUUGUAGCUCAAAAGGGGUUACAUCCUGUAGUUUACGAGGCCGAAGACGGUAUCGGUGGGGUGUGGGCUCGAACCAUCAAUUCAACCAAACUCCAAAAUCACAAAAGUACUUACGAAUUUUGUGACUUCCCUUGGCCUUCUUCAGUUCAAUCUGACUAUCCUUCUCAUCAAGAAGUGCUCGACUAUCUCCAUUCUUAUGCCCUUCAUUUUGAUCUCCUUCGCUUUAUCAACUUCAAUUCUCGUGUUCUUAGUUUCGAUUAUGAUACCGAUGGAGAUGAAACGGCGAGUUACUCGCAUGAGCUUUGGGGAGGAAAUGGCCUCCCCUUUGCUAAGGAACCUAGAUGGAUCCUUGAAGUUCAAAACACUAAAAAUAAUACUGUUCAGGUUGAUCGGGCUGGGUUUGUGAUAUCGUGCAUAGGGAAAUAUAGUGGGAUGCCAUACAUACCAGAGUUCCCACCAAAUGAAGGCCCAGAAGUGUUUCAUGGGAAAGUGCUUCAUUCAAUGGAUUACGCUACUGUCACCAAAAACAACAUGGGAGUUAACUCAGUCAACCAAUUAGUUAAGGGCAAACGAAUUGCAGUCGUUGGAUCUCUCAAAUCAGCCAUGGACAUAGCCAUGGAAUGUGCUGAAGCUAAUGGAGCGGAAAACCCAUGCACGUUGGUUGUAAGAAAUUCACAUUGGCUGACUCCUUCUGACCAAGCAUGGGGUGUCGAUAUAGGUCUUUUGUAUAAUAGUCGAUUCUCUGAACUAUUGGUCCACAAACCUGGUGAAAACUUCUUACUCAGCAUCAUUGCCACCUUACUUACCCCAGUGAGAUGGGGUAUAUCAAAAUUUGUGGAGAGCUACCUACGGUGGAAACUUCCAUUAAAGAAACAUGGAAUGCUACCAAAACAUAGCUUUUUCGUAGAGGUCUCUUCAUGCCAAGUUGCAACCAUCCCUGAAAAUUUCUACAAAAGAGUGGAAGAAGGAAGCAUCGUCUUAAGAAAAUCCAAUUCCUUCACCUUCUCCAAACAAGGACUCAUCAUCGACGACGACCCCAUCGAACCUGUCGAAGCUGACCUUGUCAUUCUCGCCACUGGAUACAAAGGGAAUGAAAAGCUCAAAACCAUGUUCAAAUCUACCACUUUACAAAAAUACAUCUCCACCUCCCCGACCUCCAUCAUGCCUCUAUACAGACAGGUGAUUCAACCAAGGAUUCCGCGAUUCGCAGUGAUCGGGUAUGCGGAGGGGAUAUCGGACUUAUUUAGCUCGGACAUGAGAUGCCAAUGGCUAGUACAUGUGCUUGAUGGAAGCUUUAAGUUGCCAACUAUAAAAGAAAUGGAGGAGGAGAUAAGGUUGUGGGAGAUGAAUAUGAAGGAAUAUGCAGGGGAAUACUUUUGGAGGUCUUGUGUUGGAAUCAACAAUAUUUGGUACAAUGAUCAGCUUUGCAAGGAUAUGGGACGUAAAUACUUGAGGAAGAAGACCAUUUUGGAUGAGCUUUUUCAACCUUAUCUGCCUUCUGAUUAUGCAACUCUCAGCUACGAGAAAAAAUGCAACUAAAUAUUCCAUCACUCUUUAUCUAAAUUAAAAUAAGAUAAAUAAUAAUAAUAAGAAGAAGGCAUGAUUUCUCUUAUUAUCUUUUCCUUUAUGCAUUAUUCUCUCUCUAUUUAGAAUAAAUUAGUCGAAUGAGUCAUUAAAUUAUUGUAGCUGACAGUUCUAUACUGUUGGAUGCAUGAGAGAGAAAUGUUAAAUAUGUAUCUUGAAUUUAUUGUCAAAUUUUAAGUAUGUAUAUGCAACGUUUCUUAUCAUAAGGCAAGACAAUCACAUUGUUGUGGACU